CCUAGCGUCUAGACCCUUUGCAUGGUCUUUCUCCAUCUUUACAAACUGCCUCGGUACGGUAUCUGUGUGCGUCGCUUAUUAAACAUCCAUCUCGUUCUUCAGUCCAGACUUUGGAUUUGAAUUCCAGAUUCCAAAUGGUCCAUUUGCUGACAGAGAAUUCAAGAUGCAAAUGAUCGAAGUGAUUGCAAUUAAUAUUUUAUAAAGGUCCAAGUAUUUCUUUCUUUCUUUCGUCUUUCUCUCUCAUAUUCAUAUCUGCUUUCCAUAUCAAAUCCAUUCUCAGUAAGGUUACCUACCUACGUUUUCGUCUUUGUCACUCUGCAAACAGCCAUCAUCAAAUAAACACCGACGAUAGAACGAUAAGGCAUAGUCACGGGAUAUUUUCCGCAUGCGAUAACGUCAUCGGAUUUGGAAAGUCACUCCACCACAUUAAUCCAUCGUCAUCGAAGAGUACAACAAUAUCACUUCGUACAACUUCUUUUCUAGCAUCACAACAUCCGCAUACCCUCACAACCACAUUCUCACCAUGUCCGACAAACUCGUUCCUUCAGAUCCAGAGAAAGUCAUGGUUAUCCGUGAUUUGACGCCAAAUAUUACCACACUCUCAGUGCCUUUCUUACGAUUUGGCAUGAUCAAAUUCGGUGGUCGAGCGACAAUUGUCCGUCUCACAUCUGGACAGCUCGCCGUCUUCUCUCCCGUUGCCCUCACCCCCUCGGUAACAAGCAAACUCCAAUCGCUCGGAAACCGCGUCGCCUACGUUGCAGCCCCCGAUCUCGAGCACCACAUCUUUCUCUCCGAGUGGCACAAGGCCUAUCCAAACGCCCACUUCAUUGCUCCCGAGGGUCUUGCCGAGAAACGUGCCGAGCAAGCUAAGUCGGACAAGAAGGUCACCAAUGUCCAUUUCCAAACGAUUUUUACCAAGAAAAAUAAGACUGAAAUUCGGGUCUCGCCGGAGUUCGAUACAGACUUUGAAUAUGAAUUUGUGGAUUCGCAUCCGAACAAGGAAUUGGUGUUUUAUUAUAAACCGGAUAGGACGUUGAUUGAAGCGGAUCUGAUGUUCAACAUGCCGGCUACAGAACAGUAUUCUAAGACGGGAGAGGAUCCCAAUUCGGGAUUUGCAACAAAGUUGUUUGGUCAUCUUCAGACGGCCAAUGGUUCGGCGAUAUGGCAAAAAAGAAUGUUGUGGUAUCUGUUCAGUAAGAGUGAUAGGGAGGGUUUCAACCAGAGCGUGAAGAGAAUUAAUACGUGGGGAUUUGAGAAUAUCGUGCCUUGUCAUGGAGAUACGAUUGUUGGGAAUGGCAAAGGGAUCUUUGAAAAGGUUUUCGCGUGGCAUUUGCAGGGGAAAAAAUCCAACUAAGAGUGUUUGGCUACGGAGUUGAAUGGGGGGUGGGUGGGAUGUGAAAGCUAAUAGUAAUUCCUUUCGAAUAUGUUAUUGAAUAUGGAGUGGAUAUUUUCAUUAUGUAGGAUUAUAGGAUACUGGCUAACCGUUUCCUUGCGAGUUUGGGCGAGGUUUCUCAAAUUUGAGCAUUGGCGUCUGUGAGAAGGGGUAGAUCGAAACUAGAGUUAAUACUUAUUAGCUAUCAGAUUAUCUUCACUCGGGUUUCCUCUCUUUGAACGCA